CUGGUAAGUUACUGUCAGACUGAAAUGUAACUGGUCAAGUCACUGAUCAAGACAAACUGCAUGUCAUUCGUCAAGUCACUAUGACUAAUUUUUUUUUGUUUUUUGUGCAAGCAGUAUUGGUUCUGUCAAAAGACUGGAAAAAUCAAGCCAAUAUCUGGAAGGGAGAACGAAGAUCAUGGGAUGAGAAAAUGGGACAUCCAGAAGCUGAUACAGAAUUGGACAAGUUUUAACAGCUUGAAAAAACUAGAGAAAAUCUUUGAAAACCUGAAGGAGGAUAGAGAGGAAUCAGAAUCCGAGGAAGAGGAGAAUAGAUCAGAUGAAGCAAAGACAGUUCCGGAAGGAGAGGAAAAAGGAGCUGAUGAUCAGAAUUGUGAAAACGAAGAAGAUAACCUACAAGUUGAGGUGGCUGAACAGGAAACAACUUCAGAAAAAAAACAAGUGGGAGAAAGAGCUUCAGAAAAAGGAGGAGGAGAUAAGAUAUAUGACUGUGGAGAAAGAUAAUUUGAAGAAAAACUGAACGAAAAGGAACAGGAACUAAGGAAAAUCACGGAGGACAUGGUGAAUCUGGA